AUGAAAGAGACAUCGUUUACAAGGAAAGAACUCAAAUAUCUUUAUCAAUGUUUUAAACAAAAUUGUCCUUCUGGCUAUGUAACUCGAGAGCAAUUUGUUAUGAUUUUUCGUCAAUUCUUUAGUAUGCAACGAUUGUCUGAUCCAGGUACUUAUGCUCAUCUCGUUUUUAACACUUUUGAUGAUGACAACAAUGGGAGAAUCAGUUUUUCGGAAUUUGCUCAAGAACUUUCAAUGUUCAGUAAAGGAACGAUUGAAGAAAGACUUGAUUGGGUUUUUGAUCUUUAUGAUACAAAAAGAAGAGAAUACAUUACAGAAGAUGAUUAUCAGAAAGUCGCUUUAGCAAUGUACGCGGUAGUUGGUGUUCACUAUUGGAAAGAGAAACACAUUCCGCCGUCGGUGAAACGCCAUCUGAAGCAUCAAUUUCAGUCUCUUGACGUGAACAAAGACGGGAAAAUUACAAGAGCCGAGUUUAUCGAAGGUUGUCAAAAGGAUGAGCAAAUUUUGGAAUCAAUGGAAGCUUUGAGAAUCUAUUUG